AUGCCAUCGCCGACCACAGCAGGACCAGCGUCCUCCGAGGCAACCCUCGCAGGAGACGCCGACAAACCUCGGGCCCCUUCGCCCGCUCCCGGAAACGAAACUGAUACGACCCGAGCCCCGUCACCUUCUCCCGGGGACGAAGCUAAAACGGCACGCGCUGCAUCGCCGACUCCUGGCGAUGAAACUGAUAGGACCCGGGCUGCAUCGCCGGCGACGCUCGAAAACGAAAUGAAGGACCCGGAGGCGGGGGCUGUCAAGGAGAAGCCCGCCGAGGAGGAGGAGGAGAUCGAGUACCCCACUGGAGUGGCUUUCACAUUCAUCGUCGUUGCCUUAGUGCUCAGCGUGUUCCUAAGAGCUGACACAACGCAGACCAUUGUGGCGACUGCGAUCCCCAGAAUUACCGACGAGUUUAAGGGCCUGGAAGAUGUCGCGUGGUACGGAUCGGCCUUCUUCAUGACCGUCGGCGGCUUCCAGUCGACCUGGGGCAAGAUUUUCAAGUACUUCCCGCUGAAGAUCAGUUUCUUGAUUUCCAUCUUCAUCUUUGAAGUCGGUAGUCUUAUCUGCGGCGUUGCCCCCAACUCAACAGCUCUGAUCGUCGGACGCGCUAUUGCUGGUGUCGGCGCGGCUGGCAUUGGUUCUGGGGCUUACACCAUCAUCGCCUUCACGGCCCCUCCCAAGAAACGCCCCAUCUUCACUGGUAUCGUCGGUACGGCCUACGGUAUUGCGGCCGUCGUCGGGCCCCUGAUCGGUGGCGCGUUUGCUGACCAUGUUACCUGGCGCUGGUGUUUCUACAUCAACCUUCCUAUCGGCGGUCUCUCUGGCCUUAUCAUCCUUUUUUUCUUCUCGGCCCCGAAGGGCGCUAAGCCUGUGGAUGCGCCACUCAAGGAGAAGCUUCUCCAAAUGGACCCGCUCGGCACGGCGCUCGUCAUGGGCGGCGUGAUCGCGUAUAUCCUGGCUCUCCAGUACGGCGGCCAGACGAAGGCGUGGAACGAUGCGACCGUCAUCGGCCUGAUCGUCGGCUUCGUCUUGAUUUUCAUCGUCUUCGGCAUCUGGGAAUACUACAAUGGCGAGCGCAUCGAUAACUCGAGCCCGACUGAAUCAGGCGUGCGCAACCUGCCGCUGAUUCUAUCCGUCACCGUGGCAACCAUCAUCUCUGGCGUCGGCAUUUCGGCCACAGGCCUCGCCGCCCCGGUCGCCGUGUUCGGCGCCAUCCUCGCGACCAUUGCGGCCGGUUUGCUCUACACGCUCGACAUCGGCACCGAGUCCGGCAAGUGGAUCGGCUACCAGAUCCUAGGCGGUUUCGGCUGGGGAUUGGCCUUCCAGGUGCCCAUCGUCAUCGGCCAAGCCACAGCCGCACCCGAGGACAUCUCGUCUGUGACAGCCAUCAUCCUCUUCUUCCAAACCGUCGGCGGCGCCUUCCUGGUCUCGGCCGCCCAAUCCGCCUUUGUCAACCGCAUGGUGCAGGAGCUCGCGUCGUCGGCGCCCUCGGUCAACCCGCUCAUGGUCCUGGGCACGGGUGCCACGCAGCUGCGCGAGGUGUUCCCCGCCGACGUCGUCCCGGGCGUCCUGGUCGCCUACAUGGCCGGCAUUAAGACGGCACUGGCCCAUCGCGCUGGCCGUCGGUCGGUAUUGCAUUUUGCGUGA